AUGAGACAAGCAGCCUUCUUCUUGUGCCCCUCACCGAGCAGCUGCAGCGGGUCACAAGGCUGGACAGUCUGCAGCUCUCCCGUGCCUGCGGAUGGGUUGGUUGGUUUUUUGUCAGGCACUGGGAAUGCCACCCAAUGGGCCGGCGAUUGCCGUUGUAUGAACGCUGCGGUGAGUGGCGCGGCAAGGAUUGCCGACGGCUUUAACCUGACGGGGCCCGCGUCGCGGAUUGUGUGGCCGGUGGUUGAGCGGGCGAGGGCGCCGGCGUACAGCUUUGGUGGGCGUGGGCCGGCACGUGCAGGAGCUGAGCCCGAGCUAGGAUGGGAUGAAGCGCUGGCGGACAGGCGACAGGGGAGGCGUGAGUGCGGCAGCGCCGCCGUGUAG